CAUAAAUUUAAUUGCUCAGUUUUCUUCGAGUAUUUUAUAAAGAAUUCUUUCAAUAAUUAUUGUUAAUGUUCAUCUUAACGAUUUUAAUCGGUCAUGCAGGAUGAUCCUCGCUUCCCAAAAUCAGAAUCGUUGAAUUCGUUUCGAGCGGAAGUGACCGAUGCCUCGUUCAAGGCCUGUCCGAACGAGGAUGCUGCUGGUUGACGAACGAAAAUUCUUUUGGCAUUACGCGGCAAGGAUCGUUGAAACCAACGGAAUAUUGGAAAGAUAGCACGAAAUACUUGUCACGCUAAGAACUUUUAUAUUUUACUACUGUUAAUUUAAUUGGAACUGACGAUCCAAUGAGGCUGAACAGAAAAGAGCUUUGAUAAGAAAAGUAACGAAGUGAAUUCUUGGAAAAUGAUGUUCACCGGUGGCUCCCAUGCGAAGAGACGCAACGCUGGCGGUGGUUCCAGUUCCGGUUCCGGUUCUAGGAGGUCUUCCGUGGAUCAUAGAAGUCCUCAGACCCGGCUCGGAGCGGAAGGAUAUACUUACAGAACGCGAAUUCCAAUACUGAAUCCGGACGAUUUACCGCCAACGACGUCCACAGGGAAAACAUACGUGUACAAAACGAGGGUUCCUCGGCGGGACGUGGCUGCUGCGUCGGCAUUACCGUAUGAAAAUAACGUCGGAGGAGCCAUCACCAGAAGAAGGGGUGCGGUGAAACACAACAAGGUGCACAUUGUUCGUGGACAUAGACUGGUCGCCAAAUUCUUCAGACAACCAACUUUCUGCGUUCUCUGCAAGGAUUUUCUCUGGGGUUUCGGGAAACAGGGAUACCAGUGCCAAGCCUGCCAAACCGCGGUGCACAAGAAAUGCCACGAUAAAUUGCUAACCAAGUGUCCGGAGAGCGGCAGGGAAUCCGAGAAUACGAUAUACUUGAGGGAGCGUUUCAAGGUAGAUGUGCCUCACAGGUUCCGACUCCACACAUUCAUGUCCCCGACCUUCUGCGACCACUGCGGUUCCAUGUUGUAUGGAUUCUUUAGGCAAGGUUUGAGAUGCGACGGUAAGUGGCAACUGAAACAUUUCACAGUUUUCUUUGAUGCACCUUGA